AUGCCGUACCUGUCCCGUGAUGAGUUGGCUGUUCAUUUGGAAGCAGGACAACUACGCGUUCUUCGGCCAAACAAACUUGUCACCUCUGCUAAGUUCCGUCUUGAUGAUUGCAAGAUCAACGGUAUCCUAUCGACCAAUCCUUGUUAUUAUAUCUGGCGACCGGUGGACUGGGAGAAUCCCAAACUACAGACACUUGCACGUUUCAUCCACUUACCACAUGGCCGUGAAAUUGGACGUCUUAACGAAGCCGUCAUCACCAUCAUUGAUGCUCUCAGGUCCCGCUUCAAAGCCGCCAGAAAGUAUCCCUUGAAACUGAGGCUACAAGACAUAUCAGAGGCUUUGGGUGCUGAGGCUUUAGGUGCUGAGGCUUUAGGUGCUGAGGCUUUAGGUGCUGAGGAUUUAGGUGCUGAGGCUUUAGGUGCUGAGGCUUUAGGUGCUGAGGCUUUAGGUGCUGAGCUGCGAGAAAACACUGGUGAUCGGUCGUUGGACGGAAAGCCAGCAGAGGCAGGUCCGUCAAUGAAGGAAGAUACGUCAAUCAAGGAAGCCGGGCGGGUGAUCCCAGAAGACGUGGAGGAGCCAGGUGACAACGUUCUAGAGCCUCUCCAUAAGGCCGAUACCCCGGCGGUCGACUCUCCGGCAACACCUGUCGACUCUCCGGCAACACCCGUUGUGCAGGAAGACAAGGCACCCGUUGUGCAUGUGACAGACAGUGGUGUGACCUAUGACUGGGAUGGUUCGGAGUAUUUUGGGCACGUGUACGUGCUCGGUAGUGAGGCGGAGGGCUUCAAUAACUAUCUGAAGGCGAACGUGCGGGGGGAAACGGCCCUGAAGGAUUGGGAACCUGAACUGUCGGCGUACGCUGUCGGCUUGACGUUGUUGGGAAUAUGUCUUCAAACGACGGAGGCCAUCGGCGCACAUCUAGUAUCUAGAAUCAUUUGCAACUUCUUGGCCGACAUCAACAAUACUAUCAGGUUGGGAGAGCUGCCGGAGGGGGUCCUGAAGCUAGUAGGACCGGCUCGUCCUACGACCACGGACGAGUACCUCGCCGAGCUCAGAGACGAUCUUGACAAGCUGACUUUCGAGCAGGCCGAGUGGCACGCAGCUCGCCACCUACAAGAUUAUUACACCAUACUUUACGCCGGAAUUCGAACUGGCCACGAGUGGCAACCCUUCCCUCGCUACACUAAUUCGGCAAGUCAUGCUUGA